AUGGCCGGUAACAUUCUCAACGAUCAAGCCAUGCCGUCCAGCACGAAUGCUGCUGUGACCGCUUCUGCGCGCCGUGCAAUGAUCAUGCGCCAACGCGAGCACCUGCAGAUCACCCACCCCGGCUGUGUCGACCACCAAAAUCCAAAAGACAAUGAAGCUGGCAACCGCGAGGCCGACCACGAUAACAAGCAAGCCGUCAACAGUGACGAGAGGCUCGACACCAAGUCCCUCUGGGAUCCAGCGUACAGACAAUACAAGAUCAAACAGCAGGAGAAGAAUCACGAGGAACUCCUGCGCAUCAUGAACGCGCGCACACGUGUCCAACAUGCUGGUCUGGUCAAAGACUUCCCAGACGGCGCCGCCGAAAAGAAAGCAAGCACACGUCUUUCGAGGAUGAAGGAGCAGUUGCGCGAAGGGUGUGCCUGCGUGUAA